AUGCACGGGGCAGACGUUGCCGCCUUGCUCAACGCGCUGCCGGCGUCGACGCUACCCGUCGAGCUCAUCGCGCUCCGCGACCUCGGCGCUGUCGUCGACCUCGAAGAGCACUGGCCGGUCGUGCACAUCACCAAAAUUCCGAUCCAGUACGCGCGCCUCGGUAUUGCUGCGCUGCCAGUUUUCGCCGGUGUCAACAUUGGCGCAGGCUUUACGACCCUCGCGUGGCUCGACGCUACGCCCAAAAAGGCCGUGACGCUGGUCGUGGACCCGUCCGUGCCUGGCACGCUCACGACGUUUGCGUACAACUGGGGCGACCGCAUCACCGCUGUCAUUAUCAAGGGCCACCAAGUCAAUCCCGACCCGAUCCCCGACAUUUUGUCGCGCUGCGUCAACGUCCAAUCUGUGACGAUUUCGGGCACGAUCCAGAACACGAUUACGCCAGUCGCCGCAGCGACCUACUUGUCUGUGCUUCGGACAACACAGUUGGUCACGCUCAAGGUGACGGUCGCGGCUCGAGAUGCACUGGAUGUCACCGUCGUCGUCGCAUGGCUUCAAGGACCCAGUGCAGCGUCGCUUUUGCUUUCGUGCGCAUCUGUGAGUGACCCGACGGCGCUGGCGAGCGCGAUCCAAAACUGCUCGACGCUCUCUUCGCUGACGCUGAACAAUGCCUUCGACGUGCAAGCAGCGUUGGUGUCGUCGCCAGAUACCUUGCAUCACGUCACGGCGCUCUCGUUGCGCCAAUCGGCGGCUCAGGAUGACGUUCCCAUCGAUGUCCUCCUUGGAAAGCUCGACCGAACCAAGGUGCUGUCUUUGUCGGUCCAGAGCAAUCGCUACCAAGCUCGUUUAUUGGGCGACGUCAUCGGCGUCCUUGGCAUGUGCCCCUCGCUCAAGUCGUUUUACCUGGAUAACUGGACGCUACCAGCAGCUUCCAUGACCGGUGCUUGUCCGUGCCUCACCAGCAUCACGCUGCGUCGACUUCACUUUGAUGUUGUGGGGGAUGUGGCCAAGAUCAUUCAGCUGCUCUCGACCUCACACUGUCUUUUGUCGGUGGAUUUCUGUGGUACGAAGCUCGGCAGCGAGAGCGUCUUUGCCCUGGCGCGUGCAUUGCCUGUCUGGAUGGCGCGUGGCCUGCAGACGCUGCAUCUCGACAACACCGGACUCGGAGACGCUGACGCUGGCGUCUUGCGCUUGCGCUUGCGUCGAAGGGCCACCGCCGCCACCUCACGAUCCACUUGA